UGUAACGUAAUACUUUGUGUAAUUGUCUAGGAAAUAGGGUUUGGAUAUUUUUGCUGACUAAUCUUUUUUGAUGAAAAAUAUGUUGUGUCGUGCAUUGUUGGAAAGAUAAUUAUUGCUUAUAUGUAUUUUCUUCAGAAUUUACGAUUGAGUCCUGUUUAAUAUAUCAAAACUCAAGAAAUUCUCGUCAUUUCAGUAUUCGCUAAUGUGAUUUGCGUUAGAGCACAAGAUUUGCUAUACUUAGAGGAAAAAAUUUCUUUAAAGUAAAAUCCCUGCAUGGAAUUUAUUAAUCCAAUCAUUUAAUGAAAAUGUAGUACAGAUUGUAGUACUAUAUAGUGGCUAAAAUCUUGGAAAGUUAUUCCAAGUUCAAAAGAUAUGUAUAAAAUUUGAUUUUCACUUUCAUUUGUAAAAUGCUAAAACUAAAAAAUAAAAACUAAAAUUUAAAAUGACUGGUGAAUUUAAUGCUUCUCAGAUUCAAGGAUUAUACUUGGAGAGCCUUCUUAAAGGUCAGAAAAGGCAACAACCCAUCUUUACCACAAAAGCGCAUGUCUUCCACAUCGACCCCAAGACCAAAAGGUCUUGGGUUCCGGCGAGUUCGCAGGCAGUCAAUGUCAGUUUCUUCUUUGACUCAACUCGGAAUCUCUAUAGGAUCAUUAGCGUGGAAGGAUCGAAGGCCGUCAUCAACAGCACCAUAACACCGAAUAUGACUUUUACAAAAACCUCACAAAAAUUUGGGCAGUGGUCUGACAUCAGAGCCAAUACGGUGUACGGUUUGGGGUUUGCAUCUGAACCUGAGCUUAACAAGUUCAUCGAGAAGUUCCAGGAGGUGAAGGAGGCCACUCGGCAAGCUGCACAGCAAAAAGCCCAACAGCAGACGAACGGUAGCGCUUCUACGCCUGUUACGUCGGCCAGCGCGUCCCCAUGCAGUAGCCGCAGCGUCCCAACUCCGCCUGUCCCGUCCCAGACACCUACUUCUGAGAGUGGUGGCGCCGAGGACUGCGUCAAUAUACCUCCCAACCAAAUAGACCAUGUGGUGAGCAGUCUCCCCUCCAAUGUCAAUGACAUUGCCAAUACUCUCAAAUCAUCCCUCGUCGCACAUCAAAGAAGCCAAAGCUUGUCUGGUCUACAAGCCAGCAAAGCCACUGAUAGCCCUAAACAUCAAAACAAAGAUAAAACAUCUGUUGCGAGUUUACCGCAGUCUACUGUUGAAGCACAACUGCGUUAUGAAAAUGAUCGCCUCAAACUAGCUCUUGCUCAAAGCUCCGCUAACGCAAAGAAAUGGGAAGUGGAAUUGCAAACUUUGAAAAGUAACAAUGCUCGCUUAACAGGUGCACUGCAAGAAAGUACUGCCAAUGUUGAAGAGUGGAAGCGCCAACUUCAGGCUCUAAAAGAAGAGAAUACAAAAAUGAAGUCUCGAGUGCUAGAGCUAGAAGCUAGCCAUGGAAAUCCUGAAGCAAUAGCUGAGCUUCGAAAAGAGAUUGGUACUUUACGAUCCAAAAAGGAAUCUCUUGAAGAACAAGUUAAUAAUAAAGAUAAUGAACUGGAGCAAAUGAGAAAAAGGGUUGAUGAUAGUCAACAAGGACAAUCUGCUAGCCAGAAAGUAGAAGACAAACUUAAAGUUCUGCUUGCAGAUAAUGAAGGUUUACGAAGCAGUGUUAGUCGAUUACAAGAGCAGUUAGAUACUACAAAGUCAAGUAACAAGGCCAAAAAAGGCGCCUUAGAACAACUAAACCAACGGCUGGCUCAAAAAAUUCAAGAACUCAAAGACAUUCAACAUGAGAUCUCUAAUCUUUUGAACUCCUGAUACUUGAACUCACAGUAUCAUGAUAUACUUCGAUUCCCUUGGUCCCAAACCGUAGCUCCCAACCAAAAGAAAAUCCAUUUAGGCCCUUACUAAAGAAGCUUAUCCUGCUAAAAAAAAAAAAAUGCGUUUGAGAACUUGACUGCUCUGAACCCUUUGUUCACUUUAUUUUUGAGGUUGAUUUCACAGUUUGACCUGUAAAAACCAAAGAUGUGCAUUUUGUCAUCCUUCUGGCACGUGAGCAAAUUUUCAAGCAUCACACAGUAACUGCUGUGCGUGUGCAAGUUCCUAAACAGAAAUCUCUGCCUCUGUAGCAACUACUUUUACAUUAAUUUUUAGAAUUCUUAUAUUAAAUAAAACCGUUCUUAAUCUCAUUUAUACCAUUAAAAUAUCGAUUUUUAACAAAUAUUUCAUUGUUUUAUCUUAAGUUUUUAAAAUAAAAUCGCUUUUCAUAUUUGUAUUUUGUGUUCAGGCGAGUAUGUUCCCCUUUUUAUUUUUCAUUUCUGAUGAAUUUUAGCAGUGUAUAACUUCAAACCCUUUUCGCUUCAUGAGCAGAUAAUGUAAUCUGAAUUAUGCGUGUGUUGUUGUGAAAUCUUUGAACAGUACUUCGUUUCUUCUGUAAAAUAAAAUUAUUAUAAAAUCACCAUGGUAAGCUAUGUUUUCUGUCUUUUUGAAAGGAUAAGAGAAGAAGAGAACUUUUGAAGAGACUAAUGUAUUUUCAUCUAUGUAAUUUAAUUUAUAUAAUUCUCAAUUGACCUUAGAAUUUAUUACUCUUAGAAUGAAUUUUAGUGUUGUUUUUUUUUACCUGCCGUAUUAUAUGAAGGAACUCGAGUUUGCCCUCGUGUGAGUGUUGAGUGAACGAACAGUGGACUCUACCCUUACAGAGACUUCUUUCUGGAAGGGUAUAAAUUAGGAAGUCUAUUGCUGAUAGUUAUAAUGACCUUUUAUAAUGUAAAGGACUGUUUAAUUGAAUAUAAAUAAAUCGUGGAAGAAAUUUUUUGUUAAAUAAUGCUUAGUAUUUUAAAGUUUCAUUAAUAGAGAGGCAUAUCCCCAUUCAGUGGAUAUGAUAGUGAUCCUUACUGUCCACGUGAUAAAAAAAAUUAUGUAGUGUUUUUACAGAUUACAAAUAAAAUUUCUAAUAUAUUUAUAUCUAUUCCUUUAGAUGUGCUCUCGAUGAGAGUAAGGGAAAAUAUGUGGCAGCUAUUCCACUUUAGGUUAUAUAGAUGCUCAAAAUUUUGUGAUUUAGCAUCACUUUUAAAUAUUCCACCAUCAUGAACAUAGCUAUAUUAUAUCUCAGUAUACUCCAAAAUAUAUUAAAUAUUCGUUUUAUGAAUUAUGAAAUAGCUGUAUAUGGGAAAAUUUAGGCGUAUUUGUAUUGAAAAAAAUUGUGUUAUUUCUUCCUGUUAUCUGAGGGUUUAAUGUUGUAAUUAUGUUGUUUUGUUUGCAAUAUUUGAUUGUUAACAAACUUAUUUUGUUGAAUUUUCGUUUAAAAUCUUUUGUUACAGCAAUCGUAUCAAUUUGUUAUGCUGGAAUCUGAUAUACACCUUUACUAUAUUACCUAUUUAACAAGUUAGUUAUGUUGCUUCAAAAUAAUUCAUAACUUUGGGAGCAAAAUCCUUGAUAAACAAUACACAGAUUAUCAGUUUCUCAGAAGAAGAAAAAAUGAGGAUAUUUUGCUUUAUCUGAAAUAUUGAUAAAUUUAAAACUAAUUGCUUAUCUAUCUGCUUCAUAUGUUGUCUGUUAUACACAUUCAGACCAGCCAUGAAGCAUAAUGGACGCACAUGCGUGUUUGAAUGCCUAAAACAUUUUGAUUGGCUGAUGUAUUGAAACACUAUAGUUAAGGAUUGUUCCAUGUGUUUUAGAAUAGUAUUACAUCAGUGCCAUUUUCAACAGAAAAUAGUGGGAAUGUGUUUUGUGGUAAUUUCAUCUUUCCUACAGUUACCCUUAGGUUAUUCAUCAAGUCUGAAGAAGACGGUGCUCUCUCCAGUUCACUGUGUGUUAAUUCCUGCUGCAAAUAUUUGCACUGCCAUUACAAAUGACAUUCUCAUGUUUGUGCUAAUAGAUAGGUUACACUCUUAAAAACCAAAGUUCAAUGUCUGUUUGUGAUGAUUAAAUUAAUACAGAAUUAGGUUGAUCAUUUUUACAGUGUUUCCUAGAUUUUAAAAGUUAGUUGAAUGCUUAUAUAAACAACUGUCAAUCUUCUUAUGUGUUAUACUCAUUUGUUACAUUUUAUGUUAUAUUUUAUAAAGAACAAAUUUUCAAUAUUGGUUGUGAGUAGAAUAUCAUCGAAAUGUUUGUAAAUAAAAAAAAAGUAUCUGAAAGGAAUCAACAGUAUUAUAAGGUUGAUAUGAGCCCUUAUGGCUGUAACAGUUUUGAGAUUAUGCCUGUUUUAUUUUAAAUGCUGCUCUGUCUGAGAUGUUUGAAAACUCAAUGCAAUAAUGAAAUAUAAGCAUACAUAUACCGCUGGGUAUAAUGUAAAUUAAAAUAUAUAGGCCCUUUGGGCAUACAAGAUCUGUAUCAAUGAUGUGUUUUUAAAUUUUAAUUUUCUGCUGUAUAUUCAUUAUAGGACAAAAUGAACAUUAUAAUUUACUCUUCAAAA